GAUUAAGUUCAACACAUACCCGAGCAAAUUUACCUCUGGCUACGGGCAUCCACUUUCACAGUUUGGCCAACAAGAUUGCCAAUUUUUUCCAUUAUAUCUGUUCUGAAAUAUUCCACAUUUAACCCAUUAAUCCGAACCCCAAGCAGUCAUAUGGGUGAUCCGUUCCUCUUUAGGAUUGAAACCAGGCUUCCACCUUUGAGUAGCCAAAUACUGGCCAGCAAUUUGCCAUGGUCCUCCAGUAAGCACAUAAUUCAUAUCCUCCUCUAAUAAGAAUUUCACAAUGAAAAAAUUAUUGUCCAGGUCGAUGAGACUCUUCGGACCCUUUAGAGCCCAACGUUGAAGGAGACGAUUCCGCAAAAAAGUAUAGCUCAAUGGGCGACCCAUGAGCUUAAUAAUCACUGAUGUCCGCCAAGGUCUGUAGAGGCAGUCUUUCACCUUCUCAGAAAAAUCAAUUGAUGGAAUUUGUCCAUUUUUUAUUACAAAAUCAUCUUCCCCAAAACCGAAGUUGUCUUGGGCCAAUCCAAAAUCCCUUGAUACCUAAUCUUUGAAGCUCAUCGAAAACGGAGGCAGAGCAAGGGGAGGUUCAGGGGACUCAGAUCCACCAACAUCAGCCAUUUCCUGUGUUCGAGCUCUCUUCUCAACAGUGAUAGGGCCAUCUGAAGUAGAUCCACUCACUCCUGCUUUGAAAGCAAAAUCUGGCAUCUCAGCCAGCCACCAGGGACGAAGGAGAUGGCCAAGGGGUCGUAAAGACAGCCCGUAGCAAGGAGCUACUGUAGCAGCAGCCGACAGAGAGAAAAACCUCUCUCUCUCUUUCUCCCAUAGAACACUUUCAUGUAACGGUUAGCCAAGAUGUUUUGCUAUCCCGUUUCCAGUAAGUUUUACUGCGUCUUGCUGUUUCAUUUGGAGCUUUUUGUCAUACUGUGACUCUGCGAGUCCAACCUGAGGCAAUGUCUGCAAUGAGAGAUCCAGCCAUUAAGCUCUUCGGGAGGAAUAUUCUGGUGCCGGAACGCCAGAUUCCGGAUAUGUCCGUACAUAAUUCCAACGAAGUAUGUUGGGUUGCAGAUAUGCCCAAAGCUGCCAUGGGUGAGUGUAGAGAAAUGGAGGACCCUUCUGUGAAAGUAUCCUGCAAGCAAGAUCAAUUUUUCGAACUAGAUAAAGGCAGUGAAAACAAUCACCAUGGUCAAUUCUUGGAGAAUGAGGGUGAAGUUGAUUGUAAUCCAGAAGAAGACUGCAUUGCAAGUGAUACUGAUGAUGGCAAAGAAAAGGCUUUCACAAAGCCAGACAAGGUUCUUCCUUGCCCUCGCUGCAACAGCUUAAAAACAAAGUUUUGCUAUUUUAAUAAUUAUAGUGUAUACCAACCGAGGCACUUUUGCAAGAGCUGCCGAAGAUAUUGGACAGCCGGGGGAACAAUAAGAAAUCUUCCUUUAGGGACUAGGCGGCACAGGAAUAAGCAUUCAUCUUCACAGUAUCAUCAGGUUGUGGGCGAACCGAGUGCAGUACCAGUCACCCAAGGAGACACCCUUAACUUUGUUGGCCAACAGCAUCUGUCGCCUGUUCAACUUCCUGCCUCUCCAAAACCUGUCAAUAGGAUGAGGGAAGUCUUAAAUUCUGGCACAGAUACAGUUUUAGUUGAAUCUAUAGCGACUGCACUUGAUCAUAAAGACCAGAAGAGAAGUUCUGAAGAUGGCUCUGCAGCCGCUGGGGAUAAUAGUGAGGAGCCCUCAUCAUCCAGCUCUUCCUUGACAGCCACUACUUCACAGCAAAAUGCAUGCCUGGGAAAAGAAAUGGAGCAGGUUGAUCUGCCAAGAUAUGGAAACGAUUAUAAUCUUACAUAUACUGAGCAAUAUUUUCCUGUUCCACAAUGGGCUGAGAACCCAAGUUGGGGCAGCAUGAUGUUUGGACCUCAUAGCAAUAAUCCUAAUCCUUCUCAUAUGGGUUCUCUGCCUAUGGUUACAGUUCCUGGUUUUUGUAUUCCCAGUUUCAUUUUCCCAAUUGCACCUUCCUCAUACCAGGGUUACAUGCCAAGCUCGGAUGCUAGAAAAUGGAAUGCUCAAUUGGUUGGAUCUGCUGGCAGCUUGUCACCUUCAUCUUCCAAUGGCAACAGCAGAUGUUCAGACAAUAGCUCGCCAAGAUCGGGAAAAUAUUCUAGAGAUGCAAAUGUACAGGCAGGAAUAAAAACAAACAGUGCCUUUGGGUACCCAAGUCAUUGAGAAUUGAUGACCCAGAUGAGGCUGCAAAGAGUUCUAUAUGGUCUACCUUGUGUAUCAAACCUGAUAAGAAUGCACCUAUACUUAGAGGUGGUAUUUUUAAAGCUUUCCAAAAGAAAUCAGGCACUAAAUCCCAAACACUGAAUGCUGAUCGAGUUUUACAAGCAAACCCAGCAGCUCACUCACACUCUCAAUUGUUCCAGGUGACCAUGUAAAGGUGCUGAUUGAGUUUGAUAUACAGAGUUAUGUUUGAGGUUUGUCUACUGAUAUCCCAGUCUUUGUUCAGUAAAAUCAGGAGUGAAUGCUUAUCAUGUCUACAUUCUAAGCUUAAUUUGAUUGUGGAGGAAUAAGGCAGAAGCUAGUUGAGACAAUUUUCAGGCAUUCUUUAGCUUUUCUCUUGAACAAAGAGGGAGUAGCCAGCCAUCAAGAUUGUUGUAUAAGGUUUGGUUCUAUAACAGAUGGCAAAUUGAAUUCUUAACAACCAAGUCAUACAUAACACGGUAUAUGUAUCUCAAUUUAAUCCAAGACCAUGGUGACAAAUAAAAGGGAACGAUUCCAUGGAGGAGAGUUUAAUAUUCGGAAGGUAGAAAUGUGACUCUGCGGCUGAAGGUACAGUUUUCUUAAUCCGCAGCCCACAGCCGUUGAGAUACUAACUCUUUGUUUUUUUUUUCCUUCAUAAA